AUGUUAGACGAUGUGUAUCGUAGUCAACCAUCUACUCGCGUUCGUAAUCCACUUUAUCGAUAUCGUUUUCAUAAUACAUCGAGUGAAAUAUCUCCUUUUACAAUGACACCAUCGUCAACGAACGGUAUGAUUCAAUCAACAGCACCUGGUGAAUUUACUCAUCGUUGUGCUACAGUACCAUUUGAUUCAAUCUAUAAUAUAACUGAAGAUCUUUGCCGUGGCCGAUUUUCAUCAGUUAAAAAAUGUAUUAAAAAAGAUACACCAGAUCAGAUUUUUGCAGCCAAAAUAGUCAAAAAACGUAAUAUACAACAUGCAUUAAAUGAAUUGCGUAUAUUUCAAUUAUCACAUAAACAUCCAAAUUUUGUCACACUUUAUCAAGUAUUUGAUUUACCAACUGAAGCAAUCUUUAUUCUUGAAUAUGCAAAACAAGGUGAUCUUCAAUUAGCGCUUGAAUUAGAAGGUUGCUUAGAAGAAUCACAAGCAAUACAUGUUACUAGACAAGUACUCGAUGCUGUCGCAUUUCUUCAUGAGAAUAAUGUUGUUCAUCUUGAUAUUAAACCACAAAAUAUCCUUCUUAUGGAAAAAUGGCCUAGUACACAAGUAAAAUUAUGUGAUUUUGGUCUAUCACGUGUAUUAACUAAUCAACGUCUAUUAGAAAUGUCUGGUACAACAGAUUUUCUUGCACCGGAAGUAGUCAAUUAUGAACCAUUGACAUGUGCUACUGAUAUGUGGAAUAUUGGUGUUUUGAUUUAUGUACUUGUUACUGGUCAUACACCAUUCGGUGGUACAACGAAAUUGGAUACACAAAGUAAUAUAACACAUUGUGUACUCGAUUUUCCCAAAGAUUUAUUUGAAAAAAUAUCAAAAAAAUGUAUUGAUCUUAUUAAAAAAUUAAUUGUUCGAAUACCAAAACAUCGAAUAACUGUAAAUGAAUCACGUAAACAUCCCUGGUUAUGUUUUACUGAAGAUUCAAUAUUAACAAAUUCACUUGAUGAUGAUGAAGAAGAUGAUGAUAAUAAUACCGCAUUAUCAACAAAUCAACCUGAUAAUCAAUAUGAAAAUAAUAAUCUAUUGAAAUAG